AUGGCUGCGUUCCCUUCCCUGGAUACUCUGUCUACUUUGCGACAUGCGCCUUCUCUUCCUGAUACUGCUAAUCGCAGAACCGUAUAUUUUUACUACGUACACCCUGACUUUCCCUUCCCACUCCGCCAACCUCUAUCGUUCGAGCUCUCUCCGCAAGUUGCGCGCCACCCUCGGCCUUGGAUCUCUUCAUUCCUGAUUGCGAUUCAGCAAAGUGCAUACCAGCCUGCGGGUGCCGUUGCUCCAAUGCUUGCUUGUCUUGCUGUUGAUGAGGUCCACCGUACGCCAUCAGUCCGUGCAACAAUGCUUCAACCUGUACCCGCUCUACGGACACCUGUUAUUCCAUCACCCAUGCUUUUGGGAUCGCAAUUGAUAGUGAAGGCCACCUCCGUGACAUAG